UUGUCUGUUUUCCUAAUUUUCUUGUGCAGCAGACAGAAGCCAUUUGCGAGAACGAUUCCGGGUGUGAAGUAUUCCGCGUUUCGCGAUCGAUUGUGACCCACUUCCGGCUGAAAGUCGCCGAAGUAGCUUCCAGAGACAGUUUCCCUGCGAUUUCGUGUGAAAAAAUGUGCCUCAAGUGGUGAAAAGUUGGGAAAUUUGUGGUUUGAAAAAUUCUUGCGGAAAAUUUAGUGAAAAAAAAGACAAUUUUUUUUUUUGUGUAGCCAUGAAUAAUAACGGGUUCAGCACCGGCGAGGAGGACUCCCGGGGGCCAGCGGACCAGGUGUGCUGUCUGCUGGACGAUGGCGAACGGUGCCGGAAUCAGGCCGGGAAUGCCAGCUACAGUAAGCGGAUCCAGAAAACGGUGACGCAGCGGCGUCUCAAGCUGAGCAUCGACACUGCUGCCCGCCACAUCUACAUCUGCGACUACCACAAGGCCCGCAUCCAGUGCGCCCGGACCAAGCGCCGUCGCCGCGACUCCGAGGACGACAGCAACGAAACGGACACCGACCUUCCAGAGGUCGACCUGUACCAGCUUCAGGUGAACACACUCCGUCGGUACAAGCGCUUCUACAAGGUGUCAACGCGGCCCGGCAUCAACAAGGCGCAACUCUCCGAAACCAUCAUGAAGCACUUCAAGACCAUUCCCAUCAAGGAGAAGGAAAUUCUCACCUACUUUAUCUACAUGGUCAAGUCCAACUCGAACAAGCUCGAUCAGAAGAACAACAACAACAGCAGCAGCAACGCGAAUGCCACGGCGAACGAGGCCACCUGAAAGUAGCUUCCGGCUCAUCCUCCCCCGCGGGGGAGAGAGAGCAGCGGCAUGUGCUGAGGUGCAGAAGAGUAGGGGAUCGCAAGUAAGCCGUACCUCUGCAUCAUUGCCAUACUUUGUAAGUGCUGAAGGUGUUCUUCGCUUUCGAUCCCCUGCGAACUAAAAGAUCGAUUUCCACAGUUUACUUCUUUGUACGUGAAGCGAUUAGCUUUUUAAACCUAAAACGUUAAGAUAUUUUCGUUUUAUAUAUUUUUGCGAUUAAAUUGAAUGUUUUCUUUUGAAUAACCCCCGUUCGACGAACGGUUUGCUUGUUUUGACCCCACUCAAAUGGUACGGAAUCGUGUUUAGAAUCGUAACGAUAGGCAAGUCAGUAUAAUAUUGUGCUCUAGCUUGUAGUCUUACCAUAAUAAUAAACAUAAAUAUGAUACGGAA